AUCUGAAAAGAAAGUAAAAUAAUUAUUAUUAUUUUAUUUCGAUCUUUUUAUUAUUUACAGGUACUUUAUUGCAGAAGAAGUGGAAAGGGUUGCGUGAUGGCUUUGUGAGAGAAAUGAAGAAGAAGAAAACCACACCGUCUGGAUCAGGAGCCUCCGGCAAAGCCAAAUAUAUUUAUUUUGAACGUUUGAUGUUUCUCGAAAGAUCGACACGGAAUAAAAUAACUGAGAGCAACAUCAACACCGCGUGUGUUGCAACUGAAGAACAGGAGUUUUCUGGCGAUGGGGAAGAUGUGAUGAGACCUCCACGUAGUCAGGCAAAAAAGAAGAAAAAACUAAAUGCGGCUGACGAAGAAUUCCUCUCAAUCAUAAAAACAAAUUUAGCAUCUGGGAAUCAGCCACAGGCAACAAACCAAAUAGAGUCAGAUGAUGACAAACUAUUUUGUUUGUCCUUACACAAAGAGCUUCUUAAAGUACCAGAGGAAAACAGACUUCAAACAAAAAUUGAAUUAAUGAAAGUACUUCAAGCUCAACAAGCUCUGUGUCUUAGACCUGCAGCAGCUCGUUCCGACUACCAACCUUCGACACAAUAUCAUUACCAAACAGGAAUGACACAACGUGGACAGAGAGAUUAUUUUGGAGAAACAGGAUAUACCACAACAGACCCUUCAACAUCUUCGUUUCCACCUGAAACCUUUUCGACUUACAAUCGAGGUUAUUGCACUGCGUCACGACCACCAACGACGUCUAGCUACAAACACCCUUCACCGGCAUCUACACAAGAUUCCAAUGAAUCUGAAUUAAUUACUUAAGGUAUUACUAAAGCA